UCACUUCUCCAUCUGUGAGUGACUCAGUGCUAUACAACUCUCUCUCUCUCUACCUCUCUUUCUAUCUCUUUCUCUCUGGAGCAGCACACACAUUUAUAUCGAGUUGUGGAUGAGAAGAGUGUUAAAUCUAUAGGAGUGUUUACAUUUGCUUUGGCAUGAAUGGACUAAUCGGGCUGCUGUGUGAAUACUGAUUGGAGGCGGUGAAGAAGCUCGGCUCAGCUCGGCUCAGUUCGUCGGGGAGCGGAGAGAUUCCAGUCCGCGGUAUAUUCACUACGAGUAUAAACGGAGAGGAAUCGCGUAUGAGGCCUCGAAAGUGAAGAAUACAUUGUAAAGAUGGACCUUAAACUUCUUUUUAUAUCAGCGCUGUUAGGAGUCAUAUGCUACAGCAGCGCCCAACCAGAGGGGAACGAGUGCAUCAAGGCUAAUGCUGAGUCCUGUGGUGACUGCAUCCAAGUAGGGGCCAAGUGUGGGUGGUGCACAGAUACAGAGUUCCUGAAGCAGGGUGAGCCCACGUCAGCACGCUGCGAUGAGCUUGAGUCCCUGAAGAAGAGAGGAUGUUCAGUGUCCAUGAUUGAAAAUCCUCAAGGGAGCCUGAAAAUCCUCAAAAACAAACCUGUGACCAACCGCAAGAAAGGAGGCGAGAAACUCAAACCUGAGGACAUCACCCAGAUCCAGCCCCAGAAACUCGCAGUCAGCCUGAGAUCUGGAGAACCACAAACAAUUAAUUUAAAGUUUAAAAGGGCAGAGGACUAUCCUAUUGACCUGUACUACCUUAUGGACCUGUCCUACUCCAUGAAGGAUGAUCUGGAAAAUGUCAAAAACCUGGGCACAAGCCUGAUGCUGGAGAUGUCGGCAAUCACAUCAGACUUCAGAAUUGGUUUUGGCUCGUUUGUGGAGAAGACAGUCAUGCCCUACAUCAGCACCACUCCUGCCAAGCUUCUGAACCCCUGCACCGGGGACCAGAACUGUACAAGUCCCUUCAGCUACAAGAACGUGCUGAAACUCACCAGUAAUGGCGAGCAGUUCAAUACACUGGUGGGUCAGCAGCAGAUCUCAGGCAAUCUGGACUCUCCAGAGGGCGGGUUUGAUGCUAUAAUGCAAGUCGCUGUAUGUGGGGAGCACAUUGGCUGGAGAAACGUCACUCGUUUGCUGGUGUUUUCUACAGAUGCAGGUUUCCACUUUGCCGGCGAUGGAAAACUGGGUGGAAUUGUUCUUCCCAAUGAUGGCAAAUGUCACCUGGAAAACAAUAUGUACACCAUGAGCCACUAUUAUGAUUACCCUUCAAUCGCACAUCUGGUGCAGAAACUGAGUGAAAAUAACAUCCAGACCAUCUUUGCUGUAACAGAGGAAUUUCAGCCUGUUUAUAAAGAAUUGAAAAACCUCAUUCCAAAGUCUGCAGUGGGAACAUUGUCUGCAAACUCCAGCAACGUGAUCAACCUUAUUAUUGAUGCGUACAAUUCUCUGUCUUCCGAGGUGAUUCUAGAGAACAGCAAGCUGCCUGAAGGAGUCACCAUCACAUAUCAAUCCCGCUGCAAGAACGGAGUAGUGAGUGUUGGAGAAGAGGGACGCAAAUGCUCUAACAUCUCGAUUGGAGAUGAGGUCUCCUUCAGCAUAAACAUCACUGUUACUGGCUGCCCCAAACAAGGCAAGCCUCAGAUUUUAAAGAUCAGACCUCUGGGCUUCACUGAGGAAGUGGAGAUCAAACUGAGCUUUAUCUGUGACUGUGAGUGCCAGAAGAAAGGCAUUGUGAGCAGUGAGCUCUGCCAUAACGGCAACGGCACCUUCGAAUGUGGAGCCUGCAGGUGCAAUAAGGAUCGUAUUGGCCGAGAGUGUGAGUGCUGGAAAGACGAGGUGUCCAGCGAGGACCUGGAAAAGACCUGCCGCAGAGAUAACGGCACUGAUCUCUGCAGCAACAACGGCGAGUGUGUGUGCGGCAAGUGCGAAUGUAAGAAGAGGGACAACCCUGAGGAGUACUACAGCGGCGAGUACUGCGAGUGUGACAACUUCAACUGCGACCGCUCCAACAACAAGCUCUGUGGAGGCCAUGGCCGCUGCGAAUGCAGAGUCUGCAUUUGUGAUGCUAACUACACAGGAAGUGCAUGCGACUGCUCCUUGGAUACGUCAACAUGUUUGGCCUCCAAUAAUCAGAUCUGUAAUGGCAGAGGCACGUGUGAAUGUGGAACCUGUAGGUGCACUGAUCCUAAAUUCCAGGGACCCACAUGUGAGAUCUGCCCCACCUGCCCUGGAGUCUGCACUGAACACAAGGCGUGUGUGCAAUGCCGAGCCUUUGGUACAGGAGAAAAGAAGGACACUUGUGAGAGAGACUGCAGCUACUUCACUCUGAUUAAGGUGAAACGGUCAGAUGACCUGCCUCAGCCUGUACAAGCCUUCCCACUCAUGCACUGCAAGGAGAGAGAUGCUAAUGACUGCUGGUUCUACUACACCUACUCUGUCACGAACCACACCGAGGUCCAUGUCGUCGAGACUUUAGAUUGCCCAGCUGGUCCUGAUAUUAUCCCCAUCGUGGCUGGAGUGGUUGCAGGAAUCGUGCUGAUUGGACUAGCCCUUCUGUUAAUCUGGAAAUUGCUCAUGAUCAUUCAUGACCGUCGCGAGUUUGCCAAGUUUGAGAAAGAGAAAAUUAAUGCCAAAUGGGAUAUGGGCGAAAAUCCGAUCUACAAGAGUGCUGUUACGACCGUCAUCAAUCCCAAAUACGAGGGCAAAUAAUGCACAUCUCCCUUGUGCUCAGAGCCGUAUACUUUCAUUUCAUUUUUGAAUUGAUUUCAGUUUCUCCCAUUUCAAUUUCUUUUCAUUUUAUUUUGUAGAACUAUGCAUUUAUAUUGUUAGGACACAGCAUUUUGUGCCUUCUGUGUUUUAUUGCGAAACCUGUACAGUUUGUAAAGACUUUAUCAGCAUCUGAAGCUCUUGUUUAGGGUACUGUUUUUAUUAUUUCCCUUGAUUUUACACAUUUACUGACAGUUCUGUGACGUCGAGACACUUAUUAAUCUUCCAUAAACCAUGCAUAAGGCAUAAAGUGAACCUUUAUUCCGACAGAUCAUUAUUAUCCACUCCAGUCUUCAUUUCUAGUCAGAGACAACUAAAACGUUACGCAGCAGCAUCACUGCGAGAGUGUAACGUCUGACAUGACAAUCAGGAAUUAA